CGAGCCGCCUGUGCAAUCGUUUUAAGCGUCGUUCCGUUCCAUGCAAAUUGCGAAAAAGUGUCGGAAAAUUGAGGAAAAAUAUGUUGUUUUGCAGUGCCAACGUGUGAGCGCCAGCGUACGCGUACAAUAGUUAACCGAAUUGCCAGUGCAUUAUUCGCAUAGCCGGCGUUUUUCCGCUCGCCGAAAAACAAUCAAAAAAGGGGAAAAGAUAGCCACUUCUUUGCCCGUGUACGUGUGCGUGUGUUUGCGUGUCUUUACGUGUGUGUGUGUGUGUGCCAGCGCUCGCGGUUGUGUGCGUGCGUGUGUGUGUGUAUGUGAAGAAAACGCCGCACACUGCGAAAAUUUUCCUUUCCUUUCCCCAACGGUCGAAUAUAACCGCUAAAAUUGUGGAAAAACAGGAGAAAACCCCCAAGCGGAAGAAGAAGACUGCAGCCAGUAAAAUGUCUGCAGUUUACUCGCCGCAACCGCCGCAGCAGCAGCCGCAACAGCAGCAGCAACUGCAGCAGCAGCAGCAGCCUCCCCCGCCACAACAACAACAGCAGCAGCAGCAACAACAACAGUUGCAGCAACCGCCACCAAACUCCGCGCCCAAUCAACAGCCGCCUGGAUCCGGAGUAGGUCCCGGCGGAGGAGGCGGUGGAGGGCCAGGCGGCGGCGGUGGCAUCCUGCCCAUGGGCAUGCAGCAGCAGCAGCAACAACGUCCGCCCAUGGGCGUGCCAGGAUCACCGGGCAGCAUCAUCUCUGGCGGCGGCGGCGGUGGUGGUGUUGGUGGAGUUGUUGGCGGCGGCGGAAUGCCCGGUGGCGGAAUGAUGGGCACACCACCGUCCACACCACGCGGUGGCGCCAAUAUGCAAGGCGGCGGAGGUGGCGGGGUGCCGCAGCAAGUGAACUCGGCGCAAAUCCAAAAGAUGCUCGACGAGAACUGCGGCCUCAUCCAGACGAUUCAGGACUUCCAGAGCAUGGGCAAGGCGCAGGAGUGCAUGUCCUACCACGUCGCGCUGCAUCGCAAUCUGGUCUACCUCGCCCAGUUGGCCGAUCCCGCCAUGAACAUCUCACAAAUACUGCCGCCGCCGCACAUCCUUCAAACGCAGGCGAUGCAGCAGGGCGGCCAGCAGACGCCGCCAACUGGACCGCACGGCAUGCUGGGUGGUCCGCCGCAGCAGCAGCAGCCGGGUCAGGGUCCAGUGCCUGGACAACCGGGCCAGGGGCCGCCGCAGAUGGGCAUGCAGCAGCACGGCGGCGAUCCGCAGGGACCGCCUGUCCAGAUGCCGCCAUACGGCGCACAGCAGCAACAGCAGCCGCAGCCACAUCCCGGCCUGCCGCCGGGCGCCCAACAACAAUCUCAGCAGCAGCAACAGCAGCAGCAGCAACAACAACAGCAGGCAGCAGCAGCGGCGGCAGCAGCAGCAGCGGCAGCUGCCGUAGCAGCCGGUCAACAACAGGGACCGCAAGUCAGCCAAGCGGGUCCGCAGCAGCAGCAACAGCAGCAUCCCGUCUACCGCAACGCCCAGGGUCAGGGACAGCCGGGAGCUGGGCAGGGACCUGGCCAGGGCCAGGGGCCGGGUCAGUCCGUCAUUAAUCCGAAUGCCGCGCCCAAUCAACAGCGUCCCAACAACGGACCGCUGUCCGGACCCCAGAAUCCCCAGCAACAGCAGCCGCAACCAGGCGGCCAACAGCCGCCCAACCAGCAGCAGCAGGGCGGUCCGGGCGGACCAGGACCACAGCCAGGAGCAGGCGGACCCGGUGUACCGCCGCCGCAGAGUCCGUACCGCGUCAGCUACCAGCAGCAACAGCAGCAGCACAGCCACUAUCCGGGCUAUCCGCCACAGCCGCAGACGCAGUACCAGCCGCAGAGCGCCUAUCCCUACGGACCGCCAACCCAGGGCUACGGUCCACCGCCGCCGGGUCCACCCAACGCCGCUCAAGGUGGCUACCAUCAUGGACCAGCCGGUGCGGCGACGGGCGCCAGUGGGCAUGGCUAUCAGCCAAAUGCCGGAGCCGGGCAAGGGCCACCGCCGGGUGCAUAUCCACCGCCGCCCGGCAGCCAGCAGGUGCCACCGGUGCCGGGGCAACAGCAGCCGCCGCCGGGACCACCACCACCCGGACAACCGCCGACCGGUGGCCAGCAACCGCCACCAGGACCGCCGCAGAGUCAAUACGGUCCGCCGCCGCCGCAGAACUCUGCUGGCGGACCGCCUCCGAUGGGCUAUGCGGGCUAUCCGCCGAAUCCCGGACAGUAUGGCCAGUCGGCAGCGGGAGGAGGGCCACCGCCCAGUGGCUACUGGCCGCCGCCACCACCCACGAGCAGUGCUCAGAGUCCCUAUCAGGCGUAUCAACAGCAGCAGCAGCAGCAAGCAGCCGCCGCUGGCGGAGCGGGUGCACCGCCGGGCAGUAGCUACCCGGGCGGACCACCGACUAGCGGGGCAGCGCCACCACCACCGCCGGGCGGAGCCUACAGCACCACGGCGCCCAGCCAGACGCCACCGCCACAGGGAGGCGGCGGAGCAGGCGGUGGCAACACCAAUCCAAACGGACCAAACGCACAGCAAUCGACGCCGCCGCCGCAGGGCGGAGCUGGUGGUGGAGCGGGGCCCAGCGGACCUGGCGGACCGGCUGGUCAGCAGUAUGCGGGACCGCCGCAGCAACAGCAGCAGCAACAACAACAGCCACCAGGCGUGGUGGUUUCCGGUGUGGCACCGCUGCCGACGCAAGUGCAGCCCACAUACUCGACGCCGGGCAAUUACAAUCAGCAGCCAGGCGCACCGCCGCCGCCCAAUCAGCAGCAGCAGCAACAACAGCAGCAACAGCAGCAGACACCGCCAUCAGCGGGCGGAUCCGCUGGCGGUGGCGGAGCACCAAAUGCCCAGGGACAAGGCAAUCAGCAACCGCCUCCGAAUGGAGCCACACCGCCGAUGCCACCGAAUCAAUACCAGCCGGCGCCGGGCGCACCACAAGGUCCGUACGGAGGACCGCCGCCACCACAGGCCUACGGACCACCGCCGCCGGGUAGCGCGUAUCCCGGCCACGCCUACCAUCAGCCACCCCAGGCCGGUGGCUAUGCACAAUACCCGCCCACGCAGGGCUAUCAGGGCUAUAGGCCCGCCGGGGCACAGAUGCCGCCGCCAGGAGCACCACAGGGCCCGCCACCCACCGGCGCAUACGGAUACUACAGCCAACAGCCGCCCCAAUGAGGAAGGGACAGCCUAUUACCGCCGCUGCCACCUGGCUGUCUCCACAACAAGUAAUUCUCGGCUGGGAUUCGCUGGUUGAAGCUGGAGAGGAUUCACGGGCCGAACACCAAGGAAAUCCGGAGAGGACUUGGAGGCCAGUUGGAGGAGGUGGUGCAGCGCGAGUAAUAGCAUAACUGGACGGCGACGACGAGGAGCAGAUUGCGUUACACUAGGCAUAUGAUUAAGAUUUGUAUCAGAGAGUAGAGUGGAGCAGGAGGAGAAGAAGGAGGAGGAGGAGGAGGACUACGAUUAGAGCUAAGAGUGGCAGCCGCAGAAGAUGAAGUAUAAGUAGGAUUACGGAUAGGAGAAAGACGAGUAAGCAUAAGACUUAAAGUAGGCGAAAAAAACGACGAAUGAAUGAUUUGAUAAUGAAUCGAGAUGCAAAUUCAGGGUUCCCACAUGCAAGCAGCGAAUUCCUCGCAUUUCGCAGCUCGAUUGAGCUGUCGACUUAUCUAAAGGGAAGUGAAGAAAGUUUAUUAGUUUCGGUGAUACAUAGCAGAGGGAUAAGUAGCUCGAAACGAACCGAAACCGUAGAUCUAGAACAAAAGCAAACACGAAGUGUAGUCCGUAGAGGAAGAAGCGAUCUAGAACUAAGUAAGCUGAUUAAAAUGCGCAAGCGAACAAGAAACCGUGUCCUAGGCCCAAAAAUCCAGACAACAUGGAUGGAUCGAUUUCUCAGGAUGCUCACGAGAAUACAAAUUCCUGAUUGAGCGAUGAAAGUGUCAGUUUUUCAGAACCUAAACUCGGAUUCACAGUGGGCCGUGUAGUCUGUAGGCAAUUAUAAGCGAUAUUGGUUGUAAAACCACAAAUACUUCAUGGGUUUUCUAAGAAUUGGCCCAGUUACCAUUACUUGUAAUGGUUUAUAGAUUACGCCGCCUUUCUGGAAAUUCUGGGAAUCCAAUCCAUAGCAAUCGACCCAUCCUAUUAUAUAUAUAUAUAUUAAUUCUCUCUUAAGUAGGUUCCGCUCCUCUUUAAAAACGAUUAUUCUAAACGAUUUAUACAUAUGCAUAUAUAAAUAUACUUAAGUGUAAGGAAGAGGACGAUGGAGCAGCAGAAUAGUGCGUGUUUUUAACGUAAUUAAUCUCCUAAAUAUUUAAACUAGUUCUUUUUUUUUUUGUAUUUUUGUGUGUGUUUUUGUAGACGUCUGUUUUUAAAGUUCGUGCAUUUUUGUGUAGCAAUUUUACAUUUAAUUAUCCUUGGUACCCGUUCCCCCGAUUUCUUCCAAUAGUUUUUUUUGCAGUGAAAGAUUGUAAUUUGAGAAAUCCAAUAUAUAUUUAUACAAUAAGCUUAAAUUUACUAUUUCAAGUAAAAGUAAAAACUAUAAACAGCAAGCGGAAUCAUGAAUAAACCUUACAUUUAAAGUUAAACGGAAAGCAAACGAGAGCAUUGAAAUGAAGCGAGUUCAUUGGAAAUUUAAGCAUAAGGAGGACGAGCAGUGUACAGUGAACACUCUCUAUACACGAACGCAGAUACAUAUAAAUGCCAAUAAUCCUAAAGAAGAAUUAAUUUUAACAAUAAUUGAAAUGUAAACUGAAAUACUAUGUGUAAGUACUGUUAACGAUUAUUACAAUUAUUUGCUUGCACUUUAGAGUUCCAAAUUGAUAUCUAAAUUAUUUAUUAAAGUAUAAACAAAUUACUUAAGAUUAGUUAAAAUCUAAACCUAAGAGCUGAGCAUUUGGAAAACAUAAUCGCAAGUGAAAUUGAUGCGUAUAUGCUAUAUGCACGUAUUUCCAAAAGUUCCACUAGACACAUAGAAUCUUUCUCGCUCUAAUUAAGAGUCUGGCUAUUUCUGCGCUGCUCUAAUCCGAUCUGAUAUAAUCUGAUUCCAUAUAG